AUGGCGACUACCGGCGGGCAACAUCUAUACCAAUACAGCCCGCUUCCCGGCGCAAGAUGGACUCGCGUAAUCAAGCUCCAGGCUGGCGAAUUCCGCGACCCCCUCAAAUGCUCGAUCCAUCCUAUCGACCUCGAUUCGGCGCAUGAGCCGUAUGUUGCCCUUUCGUAUCGCUGGGGUCAGAAAGCCAACACUAUCCUAUGCGACGGGCAGACCGUGACCGCCAACGACAAGCUCUACGAGGCCAUGCAGCGACUGCGUGAAAGAAAAGCCGACGUCACCUUCUGGGCCGAUGCCAUCUCCAUCAACCAGGCUGGAUCCCCCGAAGGACUGGCGGAGAAGUCGCAGCAGGUCCAGCUGAUGAGCGUGAUCUUCAGCCAGGCAACCACGGUCGUCGCUGAUCUGGGCUACGCUACCAUGGAAAUGAUGGCUGGCCUUGAUGAACUCUUGGGAAAGCUCUAUUCCCUGCCACUCAAUCAGACAGGCUCAGAUUUGGUCCUGGGCCCCGGGUUUCAGGAGCUGGGCCUGCCCGGGAUCGGCGACCCGGCAUGGUCCAUGUUGGAUGAGCUGAUACGGCGUGAAUGGUUCAACCGCGUGUGGAUGAUCCAGGAAUUUGCGUUGGCCCGCAGACUGAAGAUGAGGGUAGGGACGCGUCUGUUCGACUUUUCGCUGAUUGAAAAGGCGAGUCGGGUCUACCGUCGCAUGCAGCCGCCAUGGGACGUGAUGGCAGCCAUGGGGCCCAACUGGGCUAGAAGCACAAGGGGACUGGAGCUCAUGAUCCUCGUACGUGAUCUUUACAAGAGCGUGAGGCCGUCUCCGCUCGUCGACUUGUUCGGCAUGUCCUCGAAUUUCGCAGCCACAGACCCGCGAGAUCGCAUCUACGCGCUCACCGGGCUCGUCAAGAAUCCUGCUGGCGCAGACACGGAACCAUUCAAGAUCGACUACGCCGAGUCCACCCACCAGGUGGCAAUUCGCUUUGCAAGGCACCUGGCCCAUGCCCGGCCGCCCUCGUUGAUCUGGAUGUACGCAGGCGGCCCGCAUCCCCAUCAGCCAUCGUGGGCUCCAAACCUCGAAUCCGACCGACAGAGGAUGCCCUCUGAGGGCAUGAUGCCAACCUGGCAGGCAGCUCCUCAUAACCCCUUCAGCGCUGGCGGAACAGAUGGGUCGAUGGACCCACCCACCUUCACGGAUGACAACGUGACGCCCGUUCUGACGGCUUACGGCCGAGUCGUCGACACUAUCAGCGCGGUCACGGAGAUAUUCGACAUUGGCGAGCAACCGACAGCGACUCUGCAGUCCCGCGGUGAGAGCCUCAUCGAUUUCGAACAAGGUGCUCGCCGACUCUUAGUCGAGCACGGCCUCCCGGCUCCGUUUCGCCCAAGCGACCUAACAGUAUACGACCCAUACUGGCUCAGCCUGGUCGGCGGCACGGACGAGACGUUCACCGGGCGUGCCGGCUCCGAUGUGCGCGACAGUUUCAUCGCGUUUGCCAGCGCAGGCGACGACAUCUCGUCGGGCCGCGAGUCCGGCGACAUCGACGACCGGCCCGAUAAGAUCGCCCAGGUGCUGAGGAUGUACAAAUUCAUGAGUGCUUUCGGCGCGGCCAUGUUCCAACGGCGGCUCUGUGUGACGGAGCGCAGACGAGUCGGGAACGUUGUGGCCGCCGCGAAGGCCGGGGACCGCGUGGUCGUCAUCCGGGGCGUCGACCGGCCGGUGCUCAUGCGCGAGGUGGCCGUCGAGGACGGUCCUCCCUCUGGAGCGGUCCAUCAACCCCUCCUACAGUUCAUCGGCAUGGCGUACGUCCAUGGUAUCAUGGAAGGUGAGGCGCACAGGGAGACGGAGCUUAAGAUGGACCAAAUCUUUGUUGUCUAG